AUGAAGCGACUAGCUAGUGACAACAACAUUACAGCAUAUUUACUUGCACUAAUAUGCUGUAACAAGAAACCCCUUGAUAAUAAAUUCGCUUGGGAGAACCUUCUGGGUUUGGCUCCGGAUGCUUGGCAUACAAGCUAAGAAGGAAAUACAGUUUAUCCGUGGGGUCUUGCUAAUAACACACGUUAGCAUGUGCUGUAAGGAUGUAUGAUUGAAACUGUCAAAAAUCAACGAAAUACAUCGUCUCCAACGGGCUGAGGCAGCAGUGCCAUCAUGUACUCGAGCCCCAACAACCACAUGAAGUCCAGCAGCAGCAGCAUCACUGAGCUGCUGGGGGCCCUCUGUGACUGCAGCCUGUCUGGGGUGUCAUGGAAACGCCGGGCCCUGGGUGGAGUCUCACGGGACGGUUUCCGCAGAGCUCUAAAGAAGUGUGCCUACGGCGCCCUGCUGUCCAAGCUAUUUCAAGAUGACACCAAAGGGUCUGCCUCAGGAGCCCCUUGUGCCACAGCCAAUACACCGUCCAAAAACAAAAUCCUCAUGAUAAGUUUUGACUUGCGUGUGGCAGGGUGCAGAGAGGAAGCAGAAAGGUUAGAAGAGCAACUGGGGCAGCUGCUGGAGGGAGAAUCCUCUGGCCUGAAGGAAGUGGAUGCAGUUCUUGAGCUCUUGGUACAUCUUGCUGGUUCUGCACCUCCACCACCUACCUCUUUCAGCAGGGACUACAUGAGGCGAGAGAGGCCCGUGCUGCGGAGGCCUCCACCCUGGAGCUACCAGAGCGAGGAGCUGCAGAGGCUAGAGGCCCGGGCGUGGGGUCUAGUGUGUGGGGAGGAAUGGGGGAAUUUGGAGAGUUUGUGUGGAACUCAGAGGUUGAUGGAUGCCCCUCCAGCCACAGGACUUCUGGCUCUGAGAACUAAAUUAGAAGUGGAAGAAAGAUUUGAGAGGGAGACCAGGAUGACACUGUUUGGAGCACUGCAGCACACUCGCACCUCAGACAUUGACAUAAGACUAGACCUCCCUCCUGUUCCCAGUGAUAUUGAUGUCACUGGGCUGGCUCUAAAGGUCCCCACAUGUUUGGAUCAGUCUGAGGAUGAGGGCUUCCAGUCAGCCUCCAACAUGACCCCAGACUCUCAGUCAGAGACCAGCCCUGUUCCAGACGUUGAUAUAUGGGAGGCUCUCCGAACGUUCGAGCCUGGGAGACGCCGCUGCUGGGAGUCUGUUGGCUGCCCACCGGGGAAAAGAGAGUCCCUUUAUCUAACAGAGGGAGGCAGGGAGUCCUUUGACCAGCUCUAUCGACUGUGGGAGGGGGAGAUGAGGGUGGUCAGCACGGCUACACCCUCCCCACUCCUGUCGCUGCCCCUGGACUCUCAGGCCCAGCUGGUGUUCGACCUCCUCAACGUCUUGAUCGGAGUGGCCUCCACUACCUUCCCUCUCAACCAGAGUGUUCAGUUUGACGUCAGGCCGGGUGUGUGCGUGUCGGGAGCGUCUCCAGAGAGUGUGUCUCGUCUGCUGGGGGAGCUGGCCCAGCACGGCACCCAUUAUUUGAGGCUAAGUCGCUUUUCUCUGCAGUGUGCUGACAAAAAAGGCCUCGUCUUUCAGGCUUUUACUGGUGGUCUGCGGAAGUAUCUGCAUUACUACAGGGCUUGUGUUCUCAGCACUCCACCCACCCUCAGCCUGUUGACUAUCAGUUUCCUCUUCCGCAAAGUGGGGCGCCAACUAAGGUAUCUGUCAGAGCUGUGCUGUGUGGACGGACCUUUAGGUGCAGGCCAGGCUACCUUCCCCGUGGGGGUUAAACUGAUGUCCUACCUGUACAAUGAGGCGCAAAAUAACUGCAGCAACGAGAACUACCCGGUGCUGCUUUCGCUGCUGAAGAGCAGCUGUGAGCCGUACACACGGUUUGUGUCUGACUGGGUGUAUAGCGGCGUGUUUCGGGAUGUUUAUGGAGAAUUCAUGAUACAAGUCAAUGAGGAGUACCUUGGCUGCAGAGACAAACACUUCUGGGUCCAAGGCUACACUCUGAUCUCCAAGGAUGUGGAGGAUUGUGUGCCCAUCUUCCUGAGACACAUCGGCAAUGAUGUGUACGUCUGCGGAAAGACAAUCAACCUCCUCAAGAUCUGCUGCCCACAGCACUACAUCUGCUGGUCGGAGCUGCCGGUGCCUCGCAUCGCCGUCACCUUCUCCCUCCAGGAGGUGGAGGUGAUCGAGAGGGACUGUGCUGUGUACCGCGGACGCAUGGAGAGGGUUGCUAAGCACAGCGCCAUCAGCAGGGAGGAGCAAGCCCAGCGAGCGGAGCAGGCACGCCAUGAGCUGAUCAAUCAGGUCAGAGAGUCAGCAGUCAAAACCCUGGAGAGCAUCCGUGGGCGCCAGGUGUCACAACGUCUGGCUGAGGAAGCCAAGAAGAGAGAGCGUUUUGAGGAGCUGAAGCAACACCUGGAGCAGGAGCAAGAGUGGCGAAAUGUCGCCUCGAAGAAGCAGGAGGCGGAUGACUUCAGCUUUGCCAGAGAGCUGAGGGACAGAGAGCAGAGACUACAGGCCCUGGAGGAGCAACUGGAGCAGAGAGCCAGGAAAGAGCUGAUAGCUCAGUACAGCCGUCUGUCGGAGGAGGCAGCUUGCAGAGAGAGGCGGGCCAUGUGGCGGGUGCAGCGAAUGAGACUUGACGAAGCCCGAUCUCAGUUUGUCAUGCGUGACAGGCAGCAGACUCAGGCAAUUCUCGAGAAAUAUCCUUUAGGCCGGGGGAGACCUCCCAUGGAAGUGUUGCAAGCUGUUCCCUCAGUGCAACACACUGCGCCACAACCAGCACUGGAAUCUCCCACUCAGGACCCACCUGAGCAGCAGCCAGCGGAGACUCAAGAAUCUCAUGCUGCCUCACCACCACCUGACCCAUCCUCAUCCAGCCCCCCUACAGCAGAAUCUGCCCUUAUCUCUGAAAACAUCGACAUCAAUGACUUCCUCCCCGAGUCAUCAAAUCCCUCCAGCGAUCAGGUGGACUCUGCCCUGCAGCAGAUCGGUUCUGAGCUACCUGAAGUGUGUCCUACAGCACAACUAGUAGACUAUGACUUCAGUGCCCCCUUUAGUCCACUCGAGGGUAUCACUGGCCAAGCCUCAGUCCAGCCCCGGCCUCGUUGGGGACCUGCAGUCCAGCCUGACAUGAUCCAAAGCCAUCCCUCUUUUUCUCACAUCCCCAUAGGAGAGAACAUUUCUCAAGUCCAGGAUGGCGUCCCAAGAGCCAGCCCUUUCGGCCAAGCCUCCAAAUCCAGCUUUCCUCUGGGCCAAUACACCCCAGAAGAGCCCCAAACAUCUACAUCUACAGCAAGCAUUUAUGGACAUCCCUCUCAAGCCUCAGUGCAGCUAGAAGAUGGGAUUGUCCCUAGGACUGACAACAAGCAGGCGGAAGUUAUGUCGGAACAGAAAACUGAAAAUGGGAGUUUAGAAAGUAAAGUCGAGGACAAUAAAGAAAAGGGUAAAUCUGUCAACGACUAUGUGUUUGAUGCAUUCCCGACCUACAAACCAGAGCAAAGAGGCAAAGCAGAGACAACUCUUUCUGUCUGUGGUAGGAUUGUUCAACCUGAUGGAAGCGCUCUUAAAGCUGAUAAUAUUUCUUUGACUAACAUUCAGGACUCUGUAGAGCCGGUUUUGGACGCGGUUGCUCAGCAGCCUUCACUUUCCACCCACAGCCACAGCUCUGAUUCCCACAUACAGAUCGGACAGCUUGUAUCAGAGGUAGUCACUCCUCUUCCAUCCCCUAAUGUCCACGGGCAUGCAUCAGAUUCACACAUCAAGAUUGGAGAACAAGUUUCAGAAGUUGAAGCCCCUCCACCUUCCCACAGUGUUCACGGUCACUCUUCUGAUGCACACAUUAAAGUCGGGGAAAAUGUUUCCGAUUUUGUCGCACCACUUCAUACUCCCAGCAUCCACGGUCACUCCUCGGAUGCUAAUAUAAAAGUGGGUGAGUUUUUUUCUAACGUGACCGAAGCAACACCUCGUGCGAGUAAACACGGGCAUGCAUCAGACGGUAUACUUCGACCAGGCUGUGUCGUAUCGGGAGCUGAAGCCACCUCUCCGGCACUACCUGGAAGCACCUAUGGUCACUCCUCGGACUCAGGGUUGGGUGCUGGGUGUGUAGUUUCAGGAGACGAAGCCAAACGUUCGCCUCUACCCGGCAGUGCCCAUGGUCAUGCUUCAGACUCACAUUUAGCCAUCGGUUGUGUUGUGACAAAAACUGAACCACUUCCUUCACCGGUACCGGGCAGCGCCUUCGGCCACUCCUCGGACUCGACGCUGGGGGGGGGUUGCACGGUGUUAGGAAAAGAGCUGCAACCCUCUGCACUACCAGGCAGCACUUAUGGCCACUCAUCAGACUCUUCACUUGCGGUUGGGUGUGUGGUGAAGGGUGAUGGCAUCCUGAAUCAGCAGAAGACAGAAGACAAUGAAGACGGUUCUAAGUCAAACAGACCCGGUGAGCAGCUGGAUGGGCUCACAGAGUCCUGGGCAGCCGUCUGUGGUUUGUCUCCUGGAGAAAAGUCCGAACAGGAAUACCUCUUGGCUUUGUGUGCUCAGUACGAGGUGGAACAAUACGAAGACUGCUACAACCUGAUGGCUUCGUCCCCCGAGUGUCAGCUGCUGAAGCAGGUGACUCGGGGCCCCUGGGGUUUUGCUAUGGACCCCACGCUCUGCAAAGCCACAGACACCACUGCAGUCCAACUCAGCGAGCUGGUCUCACUGCCGGUUCUGAUAAAACAGGCCGUCACCACACCACUCACCACACAUGUGUCUCUGGUGAACAAGGCAGUGGUGGACUACUUUUUUGUGGAGUUGGGAGUGGAGAGACACUUUGAGGCGCUGCGCCAUUUCCUGCUGAUGGAGGAUGGCGAGUUCGCACAGUCCCUCAGCGAUCUGCUCUUUGAAAAGCUGGGCAGUGGGCAGACCCCCGGGGAGCUGCUGACCCCUUUCGUCCUGAACUCCAUCCUCAGUAAGGCCCUGCAGUACAGCUUACACGGGGACACGCCUUUAGCGGGCAACUUCACCUUCGCCCUGCGCUUCCUCCCGGAGACCUUCCACCCGCACGCCCCCGACUCCCUCAACUGUCUGGAGCUGCGCUACAAGGUGGACUGGCCGCUGAACAUCAUCAUCACGGACAGCUGCAUGAACAAGUACAACCGUCUGUUCUCGUUCCUGCUGCAGCUCAAACACAUGGUCUGGAGCCUCCGAGAGGUCUGGUUCCACCUCAAGAGGACAGCACUGGUGAAAGGUGCGGGCCGCUCGGUGCAGUUCCAUCAGCUGCAGCUCUACAGACAUGAGAUGCAGCAUUUUGUCAAGGUGAUACAGGGAUACAUCGCCAACCAGAUCCUGCAAGUGUCCUGGAUGGAGUUCACAGCCAAACUGGCCACUGCUAACGACCUGGACGCCAUCCACCGCACGCACGCAGACUACCUCAACAGAGCCAUCUUCAGGGGACUUCUGACGGAAAAGGCGGCGCCGGUCAUGAACAUCAUCCACAGCAUCUUCAGCCUGAUCCUCAAGUUCCGGGCGCAGCUGAUCGCACAGCCCUGGGGCAGCCAGCAGGGGGCAGUGCACCCUAGCUUCAUCGCCAUGCAGCAGUCCUAUAACACCUUCAAGUACUACUCACACUUCCUUUUCAAAGUGGUGACCAAGCUGGUGAACCGGGGCUACCAGCCUCAUCUAGAGGACUUCCUUCUGCGCAUCAACUUCAACAACUACUACAAAGACUCCUGAGCUGUGUCCUUGUGUGUAUGUUGUACAUGUACACGCUGUGAAAUACUACAGCAGACAUAGAUACUUAUCCAAUGAACCUUUGCGUACCAUGUGUGUUCACAUUUUUAGAAUCCCUGAAAUGUGUUUAAAGGAAACACAAUCAGACGUGUGAUAAAUUCAGUUCCUCUGGCAUUCAUUUCACUGUUCAAAAUAUAUUCAGAAACCCACCGGUGCUUUAUAUUAGAGCAUGCAUUUGACAUUUAAGCCAGUUUAAGUAAUGAAUGUGCAGGAUUUGAACCACAUGUCUAUGCUUGAUUAAUGGCUUUGCUUCUAAACACUAUAUGCUGCCAAAGUUUGUAAUAUGCCUACUGUAAAGUCUCCCGCUCAGGUGUGCCUCCAGCUAUGUAGAUUAUAAGUGCAUAUAAAUGAUGUAUUAUGUAAAUACAAAAGCUAAAUGACUUGUACAAUAAAUGCUCUUUUCUCUAGUUUUGAAGCACUUUUAUGAAGAAAACACGUUUUUGUACAAAAGCUACUUAUAUUUAUUCACAAUGUUAGCAUAUGUUUAAGUAAAGAACAACAAAUAAGGUGUAAAGCAUUGUGGGUAGCGGAUUGUGUCAACCUUGGCUAUUCAUAAAGUAGAGGCAAGGAAAGGCAGCAUUUACCGUAUAACUCAAAUAUAUUUUCUACACCGUGAGUUUUCCUGUUGUUUUUUUACUUUCAAGGGCAAACAUACAACAGGAAUAAGUUUAAUGUGCUGCAGCAUGCAACAAGAAGAGGAUUUAUUUUAUUGAAAGGACAGUUUAGUUAAAAAAACUUGUAUCACGGUCUUAAAUCAGGACUAGCAGUGUAAGUCAAACAGGAAAGAAAAACCGGAGGCUUCUGUUGUCUGCACGUUUGUAUUUAUGCUUUUUUAUUAACGGUGUGAUUGAAGCAUGUCAACCAGCACCUGAAGAAGAAGGGGACAAACAUACUGGAUGGAUAACAUCAGAAGACCUGCUAAUACGCGUUUACAUCAGGCAACAGAAAGAGAAAUGGUUAACCGUUAUGACUUAAAGCAAAAGUUUGACAUUCAGGGAAACAUGCUUUGUAGUGUAGGUCAAAAACGGUACUUUCAUUAAGAGUUACACACCUUAAACAUCAAAUUUAAGAACUUUUCAAGGACUAACCUGGUCAAUUCUUAUCAAAUCGAAGAACCCAACAGAAAAUAG